AAGCACAACAUAGGAACUAAUGGUCAAAUCGGCGUUUUGCCGCCGAGCAUGUUUACGAAGCGGACCUUUAGCAGUCAAAAAUCAAAACUCUUUCUUUAGUAACACAGAAUAGAUUUCGUUUGCUGGGUUUUUAUCAGCAAGUCUAAACGAUAUGCGUUAUAUAUAACAGUAUAACAGUUAACUGUGUAUCGAUUUUACAUUUACGCCGAGUUUUCUCGCCAAACAUGGAUAAAUUUGAGGGCUAUAUUUUCACUGCUCUCUGCAGCACCAACUUCUUGAUAUCGUGCCUGCUGUUUUCCAGAAUCACACGGGAGCAAAGGGAGCCGUACAUGGAUGAGAUUUUUCACAUUCCGCAAGCUCAGAAAUACUGCGAUGGUAAAUUCAACGAGUGGGACCCAAUGAUCACGACUCUCCCGGGCCUUUACCUUGUCUCUGUGGGUGUCAUCAAGCCAGUGGUGUGGCUCGCUGACCUGACAGGACAUGUGGUGUGCUCUACAGCCAUGCUGCGCUUCAUCAACCUGCUCUUCAACUGCGGCAACCUUUAUCUGAUCUAUUUGCUCAUCUGCAGGCUGCACCUCAGAGAGAAGACACGGACAACUUCACGUCGGGUGCUGUCAGCGCUGUCUCUGUCCACCUUUCCUGUGCUCUACUUCUUCAACUUUCUCUACUACACUGAUGCUGGAUCUACAUUCUUCAUCCUUUUCACCUACCUCAUGACGCUGUAUGGAUGCCACAAGGCCUCUGCGCUCCUCGGGGUCUGCUCUGUGCUCUUCCGCCAGACCAACAUCAUCUGGGUGGCCUUCUGCGCAGGCACUCUUGUUGCUUCCAAAAUGGAUGAAGCAUGGAGGGUGGAGCACACAAAAAAGAGAGAUGAGAAGUCUUCACCGUCCCAGGUCCCGCUGUCCUUUAGUGGAGCUAAGAAAGUGCUGCUUUUUUCCCUGGAGUUUCUCACCUCACCCAGUCAUGUGAAGGCGGUCCUGCUGGUGGCCUGGCCUUACGCAGUGGUUGGCGCUGGUUUCCUCGUGUUUGUGGUGCUGAAUGAUGGGAUAGUGGUCGGUGACAGGACGAGCCACGAGCCCUGCCUCAACUUUCCUCAGCUCUUCUACUUUUUCUCCUUCUCCCUCUUCUUCUCUCUCCCCAUCUCGCUAUGUUACCACAGAGUCCUCCGUUUCCUGCAGGCCCUGAAAAGACAACCCUUUUUCUUCCUUUUCAUCAUGGCCGCCUCCUUUCUCCUGGUGUGGAAGUUCACUUUUGUCCACAAGUAUCUCCUGGCAGAUAACCGCCACUAUCCUUUCUAUGUAUGGAAAAAAUUGUUCCAGAGGCACGAGCUAGUUCGCUUCCUCCUCAUCCCUGCGUACAUCUUUGCUGGGUGGAAUUUUCUGGACUCCUUCAAGACGCGUUCACUCUUCUGGAGCUUGGCCUACCUGGCGUGCCUCCUGUCCGCCACCGUCCCCCAGAAGCUUCUGGAGUUCAGAUACUUCAUUGUUCCAUAUCUGAUGUACCGUCUGCACAUGCCUCUGCCCUCUCUUCCAAGACUCAUGUUGGAGUUCCUCCUGUACACAGCUGUAAAUGCCGCCACCAUUUACAUCUUCAUCACUAAGACCUUCAACUGGCCAGACAGCACAGCCACUCAGAGAUUCAUGUGGUGAAGAUGGGAGAUUUUCCAUUUCUUUACAGAGAACCAACAUGUAAAAUCUCAGAAAUCACUGCAAAGCAUCUGUUACAUGUCAAUGUCUGAUCCAAAUGGAGGUUGCAGUGUAACUGAAUAUUGAGUAUUGGGGAUUUAUGAAGCUCAUAUUUAGGCUUUAGCUCAAAGUGACAAAAACAACAAACACAGUUCUGCCUUUUUAGUGAGUCACUUCAUGGUUACAUAAUAAUAUCAAUAGAUUUCUUCUAUUAAAAAAAUAUUAAAGUUGGCAGAACUGUGAUGUUAUCAGCCUUGUAAAAUCUUUGGUACUGAUUUGAAAUCUUCAGUCUAUUUGGAAGUUAGUCAAACACAUUUCUGCCUGAACUGUUGAUGGUUUUAAAGGACACAACCAUGUAAACUCUGAUGCAGUGCAAGAAGUAAUUAUUAAACAAAAUACUAAACAAAAGAGACCAAAAACAAUCACAGCCAUAUUGUAAAUGUUGGAAUUUCUGUUGUACGUGGUGUUUGAGGGAUCAACGAAGCUUUUGAUUUUUGCCAGUGAAGAACAGUGAUGGACACAUGGAUAAGAAUUUAAAAUAAUGGGACUAUUUGAUGAUUUAGUUAUUGGUUUCUACUUUGAUUUUUUUCUUUUUCUUUAAGAAAAGCCAUAAAGUUCCAGUGGAGAUACCUGAGAAAUAUCUUGUUGAUUUAAAUGUUUGCUUUUUAUGUAGGAACAUGUUUUUGUUCUUGGCGAUGUACCUCUGAUCAUUCCAGCUUUCUGCACAUGUGCUUAAGUUUUGCUGUUACCAUCCAGUGUUUCUUAGGAAAUUUGGAAAAUUGUUUUGGGAUUUAAGGCUAAAUUUAAUGGGCAAUCUGUCAUUUUCAGUUUCCUUUCUGACCAUGUUUUAUCAAAUAUUAAACAAAAUUUUGUGCAGUGACAUGCAGACGUGUGGUUAAAGAUGAUGCUUUGUGAAGAAAUAUAUUUGAGAAUUUUUUUCUAAAUCUUCUACAAUUUCAUAACAAGCACCUGAAGCAAAAGUUUGGGUACCCUUCAGUGGCAUUAUACUAGAUUAACAGUUUGUUAGUGCUGAGUUUUUCCAGUUUUUUGCCAGUUAUUUCUGUAGAAUUUGUGCUUUUGACGGCCCUGGUCUAAACUUUUGCUUACCCCCUCCCCAAAACAAAAAAAGUGUAAUGCAGUAUUUUUGCUUGAAUUGUUAAAAGAAUUGUUAAGCCUCUGUCAUUGUAAGUGAUUCUUUUUGUGCCAUUUUGUUCCACACUGUCCAUCCAGCUGUAAGUAUGCUGCUCCCAUGUUGAUAGAACUUUUGAAUAAAAUGUUGUAUCCAAAA